CGGGCUGCCAGUGGCCUGAGGGGCCCAGGCGUCACGGGACAGAGAGGCCUGUGGGCCACGUGGCAGAGGCAUCACUUCUGACAACCUCGCUUGUGCCAGACCCUGGCGUGGGCCCGCGAUGGCCCUAUGUGGGAGGUAGCACUGGCUCAGGUGUCGGGAAGCUCCCAGGUGUGUCACAGAGAGCAAAAGGGACUCUGCCCAGACCGUGGCCCCUGGCCUGCCGUUCCCGUUUUGCAGACCAGCCAGUUCGUGCUGUGGCCUCCUGGUGUCAUCUGGGGAGAACAUGUCCAGGCCCCCUGAGUGCCUGCUGCGGCUGCGCCGGGGAGCCCCAAGGCAGCGCAUCUGCACCCUGUUCAUCAUCAGCUUCAAGUUCACGUUUUUCAUCUCCAUCAUGAUCUACUGGCACAUUGCGGGAGAGCCCAGGGGCCAAAGAGAGUUCUCUAACUUGCCUGCCGACGUCCCCUGCCCCCGACUGGGGCCCCCUACGCUGCUUUCCAGCACCCCGCCUCCGGGCAACAUCUUCUUCCUGGAGACGUCAGACCGGACCAACCCCAACUUCCUAUUCACGUGCUCGGUGGAGUCGGCCGCCAGGGCCCACCCGGAGUCCCGGGUGGUGGUCCUGAUGAAGGGGCUGCCCGGCGGGAACGCCUCCCUGCCCCGGCACCUGGGCCUCUCGCUCCUGGGCUGCUUCCCCAACGUCCACCUGCUCCCGCUGGACCUGGACGAGCUGUUCCGGGGCACGCCACUGGCGGCCUGGUACGCGGCCCGGCAGCGCCGCUGGGAGCCCUACCCGCUGCCCGUGCUCUCCGACGCCUCCCGGAUCGCGCUCCUGUGGAAGUUCGGCGGCAUCUACCUGGACACGGACUUCAUCGUCCUCAAGAACCUGCAGAAUCUGACCAACACGCUGGGCACUCAGUCCCGCUAUGUCCUCAACGGUGCCUUCCUGGCCUUCGAGCGCCACCACGAGUUCAUGGCGCUGUGCAUGCACGACUUCGUGGCCCACUACAACGGCUGGAUCUGGGGCCACCAGGGCCCACAGCUGCUCACGCGGGUCUUCAAGAAGUGGUGCUCCAUCCGCAGCCUGGACGAGAGUCACGCCUGCCGCGGCGUCACCGCCCUGCCCUGCGAGGCCUUCUACCCCAUCCCCUGGCAGGACUGGAAGAAGUACUUCCAGGAGGUCAGCCCCGAGGAGCUGCACCGGCUGCUCAAGGCCACCUACGCUGUCCACGUGUGGAACAAGAAGAGCCAGGGCACGCGCCUUGAAGCCACGUCCCGGGCGCUGCUGGCCCAGCUCCAUGCCCGCUACUGCCCCACGACGCAUGAGGCCAUGAAGAUGUACUUGUGAGGGGCCCGCUGGGCCACCCUCCCCGCACCACCAGGCGCCCUGACAGCGAAGGGCUCCUGGCCACCUUUCCUGGUGGGGGCGAGACGGGAGGGCCCGGGAGAGGGAGGCCGGAGUUG